AUGGCAGGUGUAGAACAGCCUUGUUAUACUUUAAUUAAUUUCCCAACCGACUCUGAGCCCUACAAUGAGAUGCAACUUAAGAUUGAUCUGGAAAAAGGUGAUAUCAAAAAGAAAAUUGAAGCUUUAAAGAAGACAAUUGGCAUAAUUUUAUCUGGUGAAAAAAUACCAGGUCUUCUGAUGAUUAUCAUUCGAUUUGUAUUGCCACUGCAAGACCAUACAAUAAAGAAGUUGUUAUUGAUCUUUUGGGAGAUUGUCCCAAAAACCUCACCAGAUGGCAAACUCUUACAAGAAAUGAUUCUUGUAUGUGACGCGUAUAGAAAGGAUCUUCAACAUCCAAAUGAGUUUCUUCGUGGUUCAACACUUCGCUUCUUAUGUAAGUUGAAAGAACCAGAAUUGCUGGAGCCUUUGAUGCCUGCAAUCAGAGCUUGUCUUGAACAUAGACAUUCAUAUGUGAGGAGAAAUGCUGUCCUUGCUAUAUUUACAAUCUUCAGGAACUUUGAGUUUCUCAUCCCUGAUGCCCCGGAACUUGUGGCUAACUUCCUGGAAGGUGAACAGGACAUGUCUUGCAAGCGUAAUGCGUUCCUCAUGCUGUUACAUGCUGACCAAGAGAGGGCACUGUCCUAUCUCUCCUCAAGACUGGACAGUGUUCAUGGAUUUGGUGAUAUCCUGCAAUUAGUCAUUGUAGAAUUAAUCUAUAAGGUGUGCCAUGUGAACCCAAGCGAGCGUUCCCGUUUUAUUCGUACAGUGUACGGUCUUCUGAAUGCACCAAGUGCCGCUGUGCGUUAUGAAGCUGCUGGCACACUCAUCACAUUAUCCAACGCCCCUGCUGCACUUAAGGCAGCGGCAGCUUGCUACAUUGAACUCAUAGUAAAGGAAAGUGACAAUAACGUGAAGCUAAUAGUGGUGGGGAAGUUGAGUGCGCUUCGGGAGGUGGGAGGCGCGGCUGCAGCCAGGGCUUUGCCUGAUCUAGCAAUGGAUGUCCUGAGAGUACUGGCGGCUUGUGAUCUUGAUGUUAGGCGUCACACCUUGCAUCUUGCUUUGGAAUUGGCGACGCCCCGUCACGCAGAAGAGCUGGUGAGCGUUUUGCGCAAGGAAUGUGCGCGCGCGCACAGUGCAGAGCACGAGGACGCUACUAAGUACCGACAACUGUUGGUUCGCGCUAUGCAUCGCGCUGCUAUCAAGUUUCCGGAAGUAGCUGGUAGCGUGGCACCAGCGAUGAUGGAACAGCUGGGUGAAGGUGGAGAAACUGCAGCUCAAGAUGUGAUGCUGUUCCUAAGGCAUGCACUUCACUCCUUCCCUGAUCUGCGGUCUACUAUAUAUGAGAAACUUCUGGAAUCCGUGAAAAAUAUCCGGGUGGGAAAGAUAGCCCGAUCAGCUCUUUGGCUGGUAGCGGAGUUCGCGGACACACCGGAGAGAGCAGCCGCUGCACUUGAUGUACUAGCUGAGUUACUGCCAGCUGACAACGGAGAAGCUCAAUCGGAAGAGGCCAGCAAGCCAGAGGCACCACGUCAACUGGUGACCAGUGAUGGGGCUUAUGUCACUCAAUCCGCCUUCAGUGUACAGCAGCCGUCCACCACAACAUCCACCAAAAACGGUCUCUCAGAAGCAGUGAGGUCGGGUGAGAGUUUCACUGCGGCGUGCGCCUGUUCUGCGCUGUGUAAGCUCGCUCUGCGCCUAGAAGAUCCCCAGCAGAGGCUUCGUGCUCUGCUCUUGGCUGCACAGCUGGUAGCUUACCAUAAGCUUGAUGCAAAUGAAACCGGUGGUCUAACAACGGACGAUAUUGAGCACGCGGCGUUGUGCGCACGCGCAGGUCUGGAGCAGUCGGGAGUAGUGCGGAGUGCUCUAUUGCAGGGAUCUCGUCGGGCUCUCGCUGCCCUUCUUGCAUUACCUGAUCGCGCAUUGCCGGAUAUCAUGCCUGAUGUUGAGCACGAGCAGACAGAAAAGAAGACUGAGCGUAAAGUGGAGAUUGAACAAGGCAUCUCCUUCGGGAUGUUGGCUGGAGCCACUGCGCCUCAACAACACGACAUGUUCGAGCUGUCUCUUAGCAAGGCUGUGCAGGGUCGCACAGCUCCAAGCAGCGCAAGCGCAGGUUCGCUGUCCCGCGUUCGUCAGUUGACUGGUUUGUCGGAUCCGGUGUACGCGGAAGCCAUUGUAUCUGUCAACCAGUACGAUAUCGUAUUGGACGUACUCGUCGUCAAUCAGACAGACGACACCCUUCAAAACUGUACCGUGGAGUUGGCAACACUGGGAGAGUUAAGACUAGUGGAGCGCCCGUCACCUCUCGUAUUGGCUCCGCGAGACUUUGCCACUAUCCGCGCACACGUCAAGGUUGCCUCUACUGAGAAUGGAAUUAUUUUCGGCAAUAUUGUAUAUGAAGUGAGUGGCGCAUCGUUGGACCGCGGUGUGGUUGUCCUGAACGACAUACACAUAGACAUAGUGGACUACAUUCACCCAGCUGGCUGCUCUGAUGCUGACUUCAGACGCAUGUGGGCCGAGUUUGAGUGGGAGAAUAAGGUAUCCGUGAACACAACUGUUACUGAUCUUCGGGUAUACUUGGAUCAUUUGUUAGCCUCCACCAACAUGAAGUGUCUUACACCGGAUAAGGCUCUAUCCGGUCAAUGUGGAUUUAUGGCGGCCAAUCUGUACGCACGAUCGAUAUUCGGAGAAGACGCGCUCGCGAACCUAUCUAUUGAGAGUCCCCUACAUCGGACGAACGGGCCCGUUGUUGGACACGUGCGGAUACGAGCUAAGAGCCAGGGUAUGGCACUCAGUCUCGGUGACAAAAUCAACUUAAUGCAGAAGUCACCUCAGCAGAAGCAAACGGAAAACCCCAUUCCCGCCGCAUAA